CUUUUCUCCUCCUCGUGACUUUUUCUUCUCACUCCUCUUUUUUGCUCUUCUGCAUUCUUCUCUUGUGCGAUUCUUUCGCCACCUCGAUCCCUUUCCCGAAAACCCUCUUCGUCAUCCUCCUCCAUCCGUCUUCUUUUUAGUCCUCACUCGGCGCUCUUUGGUUGUGGACUCCUUUUCCAAUUCUUCCAUGCUUCACCUUUAGCCGCGUCCCCCUCUCUUUGGACGACCGCUGCGAAAACGUGAGCGUUUUGGUGAUUCCCACCCGGGUUGAUUUAAUCGCGUUUGGGGACACGGACCGAAGAUCGCCAUACAGUUCAGCACAUUGUCGUUGUGAGAGAUUUGUGAGCAUAACUCGUUCUUUUCGACUGUACCCGCGGUUACUACCUCGCCGUCUCUCCGGUUCCUUCAUCGACAUCCUUACGGUCUCCCUCGAAUCCAUCACCGCAUGGUGUUUGCGCUGCAUCACCGUGUCUGACCUCCACUUUUUCUCGAGUUGAUCGACUCUGACAGUCCCUUCCGGUAUCUGCGCAGGGUUUCAGAGUGGGGAAAUCAAGAGUACUGCCUUUGGCUAAAGGCAGAAGGACAUAAUUCAUAAUGUUACCGGUUUCGCGACCUGAAGGACAGAUGAGUUUCAACUACAUCCCAACCACACAGUCCAUGUCGGGAACUUCGACAGGGCGAAGCUCUCCUAGCGAUCUGGCUGGCUCGGGGACUGCGAAGGCGCCUUUCGGCUCAUCCACGUCGAUCGGUGUUUCGCGACUGGGGGCUGGCUCCCCUUCUCAUGAGUUGGGGACACGUCUUUACCCGAAGCGCGCCCGCGAGAUUCAAGCCCAGGAAGGUCUUCCCACCAGCAUCUGGGGUCCCCCGACGAGCGGCCACUCGACCCCGCUGCGCGAGAACAUUCCCGAGUCGCCUAAUCAGGACAGCUUUCCCGAUCUCAUUCCCACUACCAAUGGCUCAAUGACUGGUUCUGGCCGCCGGGCUCGAGCUGGCACUGUGCCCUCUCGAUUCCCACCAAUGGGCACCCUUAACGAGAUGGAUGUUCAGCAGCCGUUCAUGUCGCAGACCUCCCGGCCGACUCCGUCAACAAGCCCCUUCCGACCUCCCGGUGUGUCAGGUAUUGACCCGAGUGCCGGUAUUGCAAGCUCGGCCGCGGCUCCCAACCCAACCAUGCUGUCCCGUCUUCGAGCUGGCUCGAUGCCGCAACGAAACAGUCUCCUCGGAACUGGCGGUCCUUUCGGCUCAUCUGUCUUUUCAUCCGGUUGGUCCACUGGUCGCGACAGAGCCACUACUUUGACAAGCAUUCGCUCGUCGGAGGGCCCGGCUUCACCAAGCCAUUCGUCCUUCUCUCAAGACACCGCCGAUGUCAGAACCCUGGACUACCUCGGGCUUGCAGAGACUCCCCAGCAACCGCGGGCUUCCCUCGCACGACCUUCAAUGGAGCAGUUGAUUCACCACCAACAGCAGCAGCAAGCAUCUGGGCUGCCGCCACUCCUGGCUGAGCUGGCGAUGAUGAAGAGCAACAAUCGGUUCCGGUCGUACUCGGUGAACGCAAAGGAGAAGUAUGCCGAUGAUGAGGAUCUGGAGUAUGAGAGUCGAUACUCGGGAAUUCCCUCGGGUACAUUGACCCCCUCGGCCGCUGCGACGGCUGCUCAGCUUGCUGCCACGCAGGCGCAGAUUCACCAGCACAAUCUGGCCGUUCAGGCAUUCGCCAGCCAUGCCUCUGUCAACCGUCCUCGAGCACGGACUGCUGGUAUUCUGGAGGCCCCUCCUCAACGAUCCUCCAUCCGCAACUACCUCGCUACGCCUUCUCGCCUCGACAACAGCUUCACUCCUUCGGACUUGCAUAUAUCAGAAAACGGCGAGUAUGAUGACCUUGCCGAGGCAGUUCAGAUGAUGCAUCUUGGUGCAGCUGGUGGCCCUGCAGUUGGAGUUCGUGCAACGGGAGAGCUGGCAGAUGAAAACAACCAAGAUGGCCCAACUCGGGCUUUGUGGAUUGGCAGCAUUCCUGUCUCCACCACGGUCACUUCUCUCGAUGCUAUCUUUGGCAUGUACGGGAAGAUCGAGUCUACUCGCGUGCUGACGCACAAGAAUUGUGGUUUUGUCAACUUUGAACGUAUCGAAAGUGCUGUGCAGGCCAAGUCUCUGUUGAAUGGCAAGGAGAUUUUCCCUGGCGCUGGACCUGUGCGAAUUGGUUAUGCUAAGGUUCCUGGCACCUCUGCAGCUGGCACUCCCGGUGCCAACGGCAUUCAGUCAUCCCCUACUCCUGAUCCCAACUUCAAGUCUAGCAUUGUCUCGGAAGGUAUCGACCAGGCGAACAACUUCGGUGUCGUUCCUCAAAUCCCCGCUCUGGUUGAUCUGCUGCCGGAGAUGCUUCAAAUUGUGCAAGAGUUUGGAGCUACUGAAGAUGAUUCACGGAACAUCAAUGCUACCAUCCAGAGUGCCAUUGCCUUCCAGGCUUAUGAAGACGAGAUUCCUUCAGACUCAGAACCCAGCCAGACCCGCAUGUUUGACGCCCCUCGUCUGCGUGAUAUUCGCAAGCGUAUCGAUAACGGUGCUUGCUCAAUCCAAGAGAUUGAAGAGACUGCCAGCGCUAUGCUCCCUGAGAUCGCUGAGCUCGCUUCUGACUAUCUUGGCAACACUGUUGUUCAGAAGUUGUUCGAGUUUUGCUCUGAAUCUACCAAGGAACAGAUGUUGUCCCAUAUUGCUCCUCAUCUUGCUGAAAUUGGUGUGCACAAGAACGGAACCUGGGCUGCCCAGAAGAUCAUCGAUGUUGCCAAGACCCCCGCUCAGAUGAAGAUGAUUGUCGAUGCACUCCGCCCCUACACCGUGCCACUCUUCCUUGACCAGUAUGGAAACUACGUGUUGCAGUGCUGUCUUCGAUUCGGCGCUCCUUUUAAUGACUUUAUCUUUGAGACCAUGCUGAGCCGCAUGUGGGAGGUUGCUCAGGGCCGAUUUGGUGCCCGAGCUAUGCGGGCUUGCUUGGAAAGCCACCAUUCCACCAAGGAUCAGCAGCGGGCCCUCGCUGCUGCUAUUGCUCUUCACAGUGUGCAGCUGGCUACUAAUGCCAACGGUGCUUUGCUCCUCACAUGGUUCCUUGAUACUUGUACAUUCCCCCAUCGCCGAACCGUCCUUGCUCCCAGACUCGUGCCCCAUCUGGUGCACCUUUGCACCCACAAGGUUGCAUAUCUUACCGUUCUCAAGGUGAUUAAUCAGCGCAAUGAGGCGGAGGCUCGAGAUGUCGUUCUCAAGGCCCUCUUCUUCAGCCCUGGCGAUGAGGUGUUGGAGAAGAUCUUGAGUGAUCAGUCUUCGGGAGCCACUUUGAUCUUCAAGGUCCUUACCACCCCUUUCUUUGACGAGUCUAUGCGAUCCGAGGUCGUUAGGAACGUGUCCAAGGUUCUCACCAAGUUGAAGGCAUCACCAAGCCAGGGAUACAAGCGUCUGAUGGAUGAGGUUGGCCUUUCGUCCCGUGGCAAUGGCCGGGAGCACCACCACGGUCGCGACUCCUCUACCCCCGAGAAGUCUCAGCACCGUCAGUCUUCCCGCCACGGAAGCGCCAACUUCCCGGCACAGCCACCUAUGGAGCGCCAGUACAGCGGCCAGUUCGGCUCCAACAUGCUUGGCCAGACUCCUGAUUCGCGGCCCAUUUCCUCUGAUCAGAACAAUGCUCCUCUUGAUGGCUAUGGUGCCAACGGCAUGAAUGGCUUUGGCAAUCCUCUGAACGGGCUUGGGGGAAUAAAUGGUUUCCAGGACCCCAACGCGCCUCUUUCCCAGCAGCAACUUCAGUACCAGGCUUAUCUGGCUGCUCAAGCUCGUGGUGUCUCUCCUGGCGGUAUGUACCAGGGCAUGCCGGGGGCCAACUUCGGCUACCCAGCUGUAUCGCCAUCAGUUGAGAACCUUCGCUCUCUGCAGACACAGCUGUCCGCUGCGCCAGGCGCCAUGAGCCCGAAUGCCAUGCCGGGUCAAUCUAGCUACUCUCCACAGCAGUUCAGCCCCGUGGUCAACCCAGCCCAAAUGUACCAAUAUCCUCCACAGUUCUAUGCCCAGGCACAGCCGGUGCAGGGCCAGACUGGAGGUCGACGUGGACGGCGCUGAUCUCGGCAUAUGAUCUUCUAAUCAAAUCUUUCCUGCUUCAAUCUACUGUAUAAAUUCAUUUCCUCGUUCACCUUCAUCUUGUGGCCAUUUUCAUCAUGAAGAUUUUUAGCGGAUUCUCUUGCUAUGUUGUGAAUCGGAAAUUCGUCUCAAAUCAUGCAUUUCGCUUUUUCUCCCCUUCAUCUUCCACGCCAGCCACCAGACGCUGGAUCGCUGGUCUGGCGUGGAUUAGAUGUAAGGGGAAUGGAAAUGGGGUAUGCGAUUGAAGAUUUGAUCUGUUGUUUUUGGGAUGUGUGGAUUUUACAAAAAAAGUCGGGUCUGGCGCGAAGUCUGACACCCGUUUCAUGUAUCUUCAUGGAGACAGCGUUUCGAAUGACCAUGUAUUUUGCGAUCUAUGGGCCUUUUUUUUCCCCUUUUCUUCAUGCUUUGUCUUCUUUUUUUGACUCAUUCUUCUCUGGUGUGAUAUUGGUAUUGGUAUUUUUACGGGUUGUGUGUGGUUGAAUGUUGAUCAUUGGGGUUGGUUGAGAUUGUGGGAUUAUUUAGUGGCUAUGGAGUGGAGGGGCGUCGAUGGACAAAUUUUAUCUUAUGCAUGUA